GAGGGCUAUAAAUCCACCCCGCGGGCGCAGGCGGGUGGCGGUUGGAGCGCGGCGGUGGCAGCGCGCGGAGAGCGGCUCCUGGGAGCAGAUACCAGCUACUGACCAUGUCAACAGAGUUCCAGGAUGCUCACCUUGCAGAGGUGAAACCUCUGGUGGAGAAGGAGGAGGCUAUCACUCGCCUCCUUCCAGACUUCGAUGUUCAGGAGCAAGAUGUGGAGACCAUGCAUGGCUUAGUCCAUGUCACCAUGUGUGGGACACCAAGAGGGAAUAGACCUGCUAUCCUCACAUACCACGACAUUGGGUUGAAUCACAAAACUUGCUUCAAUCCUCUCUUCAACUUUGAGGAUAUGCAGGAAAUCACCCAGCACUUUGCAGUUUGCCACGUGGAUGCACCUGGUCAGCAGGAUGGGGCACCAUCUUUCCAAGCUGGGUACAUAUAUCCUUCCAUGGAUCAGCUGGCUGAAAUGCUUCCUGGAAUCCUGAAACAGUUUGGGCUGAAGAGCAUUAUUGGAAUGGGAACUGGAGCUGGUGCCUACGUCCUGACCAGAUUUGCUUUAAACCACCCGGACAUGGUGGAGGGAUUGGUUCUCAUUAAUGUAAACCCUUGUGCUGAAGGUUGGAUGGACUGGGCAGCAACAAAGAUUUCAGGUUGGACAAAUGCUUUACCAGACUUGGUCAUUUCACAUCUCUUUGGAAAGGAAGAGAUUCACAGCAACCAUGACCUGAUCCAUACUUACCGUCAGCAUAUUAUUAAUGAUAUGAAUCAAACCAACCUUCAUCUCUUUGUCAACUCUUACAACAGUCGUCGAGACCUAGAGAUUGAGCGCCCUGUUCCUGGAUUAAAUGUUGUCACCCUUCAGUGCCCUGUGCUCCUGGUAGUUGGUGACAGCUCCCCAGCAGUGGAUGCUGUGGUUGAAUGCAAUUCAAAGCUGGACCCAACAAGAACAACACUUCUGAAGAUGGCUGACUGUGGUGGGCUCCCUCAAGUUUCCCAGCCUGCAAAACUUGCAGAAGCUUUCAAAUACUUUGUUCAGGGAAUGGGAUACAUGCCCUCUGCUAGCAUGACCAGGCUGAUGAGGUCCCGCACUGCUUCUGGCUCCAGCGUAACCUCCUUGGAAGGACAGAGGAGCCGGUCCCACACUGGGGAAGGCACAAGGAGCCGGUCCCACACUGGGGAGGGAACUCGGAGCCGAUCCCACACUGGGGAGGGUUCCAGGAACCGCUCCCACACAGACACACGCAUCGAGCUGACGCCAAAUUCAGCCAGCAAUGCUGAGCAAUCAGGCCCCAAGUCCAUGGAAGUGUCCUGCUAAGCGUGUGAGGAAGGUUUAAACUGUUCACAGUUUGAAAAAAUAAAGGAUGCCCCUUGUGUAUCACAAAAACAUAACUGGUAUUAAUCUCAAGCUAUUCUGUAGGAUGAGCUCUGUUCUCCAGGGUCUGAUGGGGACCAAAGAAAAGAAGCAUCUCAUUUGCUCUAUUGUUACUCUUGUAACUCAGACAGUUGCUGCUAUUUUGCCCUCUUUCAGUGGAUGCCAAAUUCAAAAGGAAACUUGCCAAAAGCCGAUAUGGUUGUAAACACUUCAGAGUCAAACCAGACUUGCUUAAUAUUCUUCUUCAAAAUCAAUUACGUGCCCCUUUAUCUCUAAUUCUCUUGAAGUAACUGGCACAAUUUGAGAUGAGCUUCAAAGAGAGGGAGAAAAUCACUAUUAUGGAUGGCUUGUUUUUUGUUUUUUUUUUUUUUUAAAAGAAAAAGGAAACAAAUGUGUUAUGGCCUCAUGUUGAAGCUGGAGUUGAAUGCAUUGUAUAUAGCUUGACUUCAAAUGAUAGAGAAGUUAAUGUAUCGUGCAUUUAUAGGCCUUCUAAUUCAUUAGUUUUCCUACACAUAAUAAUAUACUACUAAAAUAGACAAAUUUAAUGUGACUUUAAGAUGAACUAAAUCUUUAAGCUUUUUUUAUUUCACUUUUUUGAGAUCUAGUUCCAGUCUUCCUUUCUUUCCCCCUUUCUAGACCCUAAAAUCUGCUUAGCCAAGUGAGGACAGGAUUAAAUUUUAUAAGCAAGGAAGCAUCUCCUCUUUGGGAUCUUGGGCCAAAGGGUUUAUAGUGCUGCAAAAAAAUGGUGUAGUCUGAGAAAGUAGGGUAGCCAUACAUGCCAGGAAAGCAAAAGCAGAUUGAUUUUUACUUCAGACAGCUUCCUAUGUCUGCAGCUCUAGUUUUUGCGUCCAGCACAAUUGAAAGACAUUCAGAAUCUGUAAGCACAGCCAGAUCCAGCUGUUCUUUGUCAGGAGAGAUGAAUAAGUGUGAAAUGGCAUGUAAUUAAAUGCUGUACAUUCAAUUAUGGCUAAUUACUAGAUUUGAAACUGAGAUCUCACUGGUGCUGGGAAGCAUAUUUGAGAAAGUGAUGGAGCAACAGUACUGUAACUGCAAAAUACAGUGUUUAAUGACUUUGUAAAUGUAAUGAUCUGCUGGUUCUGCAUCUUUAAGUAGCUGCCCGAUACCUUGGGUUACUUCUUUUGAUGUUGGUGAUUUGAUAUCUUUCUGCCAGUCAGAUUUUCAUAGUUGGAUGUCCUUAAGUUUGUCCUUCAACAGGAUGGGAUUUCCUGAGUACUGAGUGCAUACCUGCUGCAUUGCAGCCCUUGCAUAAACAAGGAAACUCAAAGACCGUGCAGUUAAAUGGCAGAUGUUAAUACUUUGGGAUUGCUUGUUCAGAGGAAUGCCAUCUAGGUUACUUUAUAUUGACUAACUCAGCUCUCGUGUAGGAUAUCUGUAAUGGUUUGUGGGAAGAACAGACAAUUUCAAGAGAGAAUAAAGCUAUUGUGUAAAGUCUAUCAAGAAAAGUUUCUUAAUGAAGUAUUUGUAUUUAUUUCAAAACAAAUAAAUUUGUAACUUUGCAA